AUGCGCAAGGCCUUCACCAAGUCGCUGUCGCCAUUCUACAGCAUACCUCGUACUGUCAACCGCAAUACCCGCACAUUUACAACAAGCACAAGAUUGUUCAACAACAUGGAGAAGCCAUUCGAGAAGAUGGAGGAGCAGAUUCCCAAGGCUUCUGAGCCCACAAGUGCUGCUGCGCCCAAGCAAGAGGACCAGGAGUUGCCAAAGUUGUCGCCACAGGAGUUCAGGAUAUACAACAGGAUGGCAGAGCACAUGGACAUGUUUGUAAGUAUUUCACCUAACAACGCUACAUCUACUCGACCUGAGCUGACGUCGCGAAGCNACGAGAACUUCCGUAGGACGUGGAACCUGUUGUACGGUGCGUGCGAAAGCAAGAAGCGACCUGCUGGCAUGUCUAUCCGCCAGUUCAUCGGUGUGGGAGACGACUUCUGCCACCAUUUGACCAUCCAUCACACAAUUGAAGAGCGCCACAUCUUCCCAGUCCUCGCACGCAAGAUGCCGGCCUUUAAGAAGGAGCUCGAGUUGCUCACUCAACACAAACAAAUCCACAACGGACUCGACAAGUUUGAGGAGUACCUUGGUCAAUGCCGAAGUGGAGAGAAAGAGCUGCGUAUGGAAGAGAUGAAGGCCAUCCUGGACACGUUCGGCAAGGUCCUGUGGCAACACCUUGACGAUGAGGUGCAUGAACUCCGAGCUGAGAACAUGAGACGGUACUGGACACCAGCCGAGAUGGCGAGGAUACCCAUAUAG